GGGAGCGGGGUCGGAACUGCGCAACGCCAAGAUGGCGGCGGCCGUGGUGGGAGUCUCCUUGAGGCGCGGCGUCCCCGCACGGCUCCUGCGGGCCAGCUUGCGGCCGAUGUGUCGGGGAGCACAGACAGCAGCUGCAGCAGCGCCCCGUAUCAAGAAGUUUGCCAUCUACAGAUGGGAUCCUGAUAAGCCUGGGGACAAGCCCCGCAUGCAGACGUAUGAAGUGGAUUUGAAUAAAUGUGGGCCUAUGGUGCUUGAUGCUCUGAUCAAGAUUAAAAAUGAGUUGGAUUCUACUCUCACCUUCCGCAGAUCGUGCAGGGAAGGCAUCUGUGGCUCUUGUGCUAUGAACAUUGCUGGUGGAAACACGUUGGCCUGUAUCAAAAGAAUUGACCCCGAUCUCAACAAGAUCACUAAAAUCUACCCUCUCCCCCACAUGUAUGUGGUGAAGGACCUUGUUCCAGACUUGAGUAACUUCUAUGCACAGUACAAAUCCAUCGAGCCUUACCUGAAGAAGAAGGAUGAGUCGAAACAGGGCAAGGAGCAGUACCUGCAGUCCAUAGAAGACCGUCAGAAACUGGACGGACUCUACGAGUGCAUCCUGUGUGCCUGCUGCAGCACCAGCUGUCCCAGUUACUGGUGGAAUGGGGACAAAUACUUGGGUCCUGCGGUACUGAUGCAGGCCUAUCGCUGGAUGAUUGACUCCAGAGAUGACUACACAGAGGAACGCCUGGCGCAGCUUCAAGACCCAUUUUCUCUCUACCGUUGUCACACUAUCAUGAAUUGCACGAGGACUUGCCCUAAGGAGGUCACGGGCUACCAGACCAAGACGUGGCGGGUGGCCCUGUGCCAUGCUUGCUCCGUGCUGACGGCAGGGCUGCUUCUUGUCCUUUUCCACUGGAAGCCAAGCCUGGAGGUGCAGGCAAAGUGCAAGCCCUGCGCCCUCGGCCAGGCUGACUGGGUAAUCAUCAGAGACCGAUUUGGACAGUGCUUCACCACACGUGUGCACACGGAGGCGCUGGGCGAGGGCAGCCUGGAGCAUCACCCUGGGGCCAAGCUGGAGGACCGGAGGAGCAGCAUCGCCAUCGGCGUGUCGGAUGAGGAGGAGAGCCGGGACACCAUCCGGCUGCAUGAGAAGGAAGAGAAGAACAUCUUGCGGUACUAUCUCUUCGAGGGCAUGCGCUACAUCUGGAUCGAACGGCGGCAGGCAUACUGCAAAGUCAGCGUCUUGGAUGAAGGUUGGACCUGUACAGAUCUCCACCUCUCCCAGGCUGGGCUCGACCAGCAAGACCACAACACCAGAAGGAAGAUCUAUGGACCGAACCUCAUCGAGGUGCCAGUCAAGUCCUACGCAAGGCUGUUGGUGGAGGAGGUGCUCAAUCCCUUCUACAUCUUCCAAGUCUUCAGCAUUGUGCUGUGGGUCUGUGAUGCCUAUUACUACUACGCUGCCUGCAUCUUCCUCAUCUCUACCAUCUCCUUAGGGCUGUCCCUCUAUGAGACGAGGAAGCAAAGUGCCACACUGCAAAACAUGGCCAAGAUGUCGGUCGGUGUCCGAGUCCAUCGCCCCAGCGGAGAGGAGAUGGUAGUGAGCUCUGCAGACUUGGUGCCAGGUGAUUGCAUCAGCCUCCCAACAGAUGGGAUGCUGGUCCCUUGCGAUGCCGCGCUGCUGACGGGCGAGUGCAUGGUCAACGAGAGCAUGCUGACAGGGGAGAGCGUGCCGGUGAUGAAAACCCCUCUCCCGGCUGGCAGCCAGGCAGCCACCACUAUCUAUUCCCCCGAGGAGCACAGGCGGCACACCUUGUUCUGUGGGACGCAGGUCAUCCAAGCCAAGUCCUAUGUGGGCAGAGAAGUGCUGGCUGUGGUGACCCGCACAGGGUUUUGCACAGCCAAAGGGGAUCUCAUCAGCUCCAUCCUCUACCCUAAACCCGUGAGCUUCAAGUUCUACAAGGAUGCUGUGAAGUUCGUCCUGUUCCUCGCAAUCCUGGCUUUUAUCGGCACACUGUACAGCAUCCUCAUCUUGGUUAAAAACCAGGUCCCCGUGGGGCAAAUCAUCAUCCGUGCCCUCGAUCUCGUCACUGUCAUCGUGCCCCCAGCUCUCCCAGCUGCGAUGACAGUGGGCACCAUCUACGCCCAGAACAGGCUGAAGAAACAGGGCAUCUUCUGCAUCAGCCCUCCUCGUAUCAACCUCUGCGGGAAGAUCCGCCUGGUUUGCUUCGACAAGACAGGAACCCUGACGGAGGAAGGUCUGGAUGUCUGGGGGGUGGUCCCGCUGGAGAACAACUACUUCAUGCCCAUCGUCCACGAGCCCCGCUGCCUGCCCGCCGGUCCCUUGCUCUACUCCCUGGCCACCUGCCACACCAUCUCACUGCUGCGGACACAGCCCAUCGGGGAUCCUGUGGACCUCAAGAUGGUGGAGUCCACCGGCUGGCACCUGGAGAUGAUGGAGGAGGAGGAAGGUGAGCUGCCCGCCUUCCAGCAGUUUGGGACGAAGGUCUUGGCUGUGAUGAAACCUCCGCCUGAGGAAGAACAGCCACGAGACAGGAAGCACCAGUCACCCGUGGGGAUCCUCCGGCGUUUCCCUUUCUCCUCCUCCUUGCAGAGGAUGAGCGUCCUGGUGAAGCUGCCUGGCGAAGCCUCAGCCCAUGUCUACAUCAAGGGUGCACCAGAGAUGGUGGCCAGCCUUUGCAGGAAGGAAACAGUGCCCGUGGAUUUCUCCCAGAUGCUGCGACACUACACCACGGAUGGUUUCCGGGUCUUGGGUCUGGCUUGCAAACCCCUGAGCACAGUGACCACCUUUGAGGAGGCCCUGCAGCUCCCAAGGGACUCCGUGGAGAGCAGCCUGACCUUUCUGGGGUUCCUCGUUAUGAAAAACGUCCUCAAGCCAGAGUCUGCACCCGUGAUUCACCUCCUGAGGAACGCCAACAUCCGCCCCGUCAUGGUGACAGGAGACAACAUGCUGACAGCCGUCAGUGUGGCCAAGAGCUGCCGCAUGGUGGAGCCGAAAGAGCAGGUAAUCUUCGUCAACGCUUCCCCGCCCAGCCAUGACAAACCCGCUGCUCUGAAAUUCAUCCUUGCUGAGCACUCCCAGGGUGAAGAGCAGCCAGAGGGUCUGCACCAGCAAGACGGCUGCUUUCUCCAGCCACAGCCCUGCCACUUCGCACUGAAUGGCAAAUCCUUCGCCGUGGUUUGCGAGCACUUCGCCGACCUGCUGCCGAAGAUCCUCAUCCGAGCCACCGUGUUCGCCCGCAUGUCGCCUGACCAGAAGACUCAGCUGGUGUGCAGCCUGCAAGAGCUCAACUACUGCGUGGGGAUGUGCGGGGACGGUGCCAACGACUGCGGGGCUCUGAAGGCUGCCGACGUGGGCAUCUCGCUGUCAGAGGCAGAGGCAUCAGUAGCCUCACCAUUUACCUCCCGCGUGGCCAACAUCGAGUGCGUGCCCACCGUCAUCCGGGAGGGCAGGUGCUCACUGGUCACCUCCUUUGGUGUCUUUAAGUACAUGGCCCUGUACAGCCUGGUGCAGUUUGUGUCCGUCCUGCUGCUCUACACAAUCAACACCAACCUGAGCGAUUUCCAGUUCCUCUUCUUCGACCUGAUCAUCACCACCACCGUGGCGGUGCUGAUGGGUCGGACCGGUCCUGCCCAGGAGCUGGGAGUGGAGCGUCCCCAAGGGGCGUUGAUCAGCAUCCUCGUGCUGGGCAGCCUGCUCCUCCAAACGGCUUUGCUGAUCACCUUGCAAGUCCUCAGCUACUUCAUCACCAUCUCGCAGAGCUGGUACGUGCCGCUGAACAGCACAGUGACAGCUCCCCAAAACUUGCCCAACUACGAGAACACAGUCCUCUUCUGUGUUACGGGCUUUCAGUACCUCAUCCUGGCCAUCGCCAUGUCCAAGGGGUACCCAUUUCGGGAGCCACUCUACACCAAUGUGCUAUUCUUGGUAGUCCUCAUCCUCCUUUUUGGCCUCAUGAUAUGGUUGACCCUCUACCCACUGGGCUUCCCCAAAACCCUGCUGAAGCUGCAGGACAUCGAUGACUUGAAUUUCAAGCUGCUGCUGCUGGGGAUCGCUGCCCUCAACUUCUUUGCCGCCUUCGUGCUGGAGACCGCCCUGGACCACGGCUUGCUCAGCUGCCUCCGCAAGCUGCGCCGAAAGAAAGUGUCCAAGAAGCUUUUCAAGAGGCUGGAAAAGGAGCUGAGCCAACAGCAGCCAUCCUGGCCACCCCUUAACGAACCGCUCUUUGCUACACCCAAGAUGUCCAUCGCUGUGAGAUAGCACGUGCUGGGCUUCCUUCCUGCCUGCUCUGCAGGCCAGCGCUGCCUGCCAGACCUUGGACGCUGUCGUUUAUUUAUUUAUCCUGGUAAAUCGAGGGAUGCGGUAGGCAGCGCGGCUCAUCCUCCCCAUGGGGAGACCCCCCAGCAUCACAGCUGUGAAUCUGCACGUGCCGGUCCCACAGUCCUGGCCAAGAGGAGGAGAUGCUAGAGAAGUAAACUGGAGGAGAGGGUCCAGAAGAAGAGGAGAAAUGGUCCAGCUCAGCUCUUCUUCCAGGACCUCUCCACUCCCGUGCUGGCCUUGGACCCAUCUCCCCAUGCUGAGCACCAGUACUGUUUUGUAGGGGGACACCGUCUCCCUUUUCCCUUCCUGGCUGGUCAAAACCACCAGGAAGAGGGUCCCUGAUCUUCUCAUGGCAAGGGCACCCACCCCAGCCUCGUGUCCCUGCUCACUGUGAAAAAAAAAAAAAAACAAACCCUCCACCUUCCCCUACGGCCACCCUAGAUGUGUAGGAACUGUUUACAAACCACCCCAUCCCUGGCUUGCCAAGGAUGCUGCUCAAUCCCCAACGCCCAGGGACCAGCCACAGGCACCCUCUCCGCUUGCGAUGCUCCUGCAGAGCACUUCUGCUUUCGGACAGGUCCUUUGUAGCAUUAAAAAAACCCCUGAGUCUCUUUAUUUUUUAACUCUACUCCAGUGCAUCGAGGUGUAAGUGCAGUCGGGAGAAUGACAUACGGCUUUCAGUUUCCAUAUGGUGCUGUCGUGAGCAUUGUCUAAUAAAUUAACACUAUUUUCUUGACUGCUUGCUUGUGCUGCCUGGCGUGGAUGGAGUGCUUGGGGCAGGACAGCAUUGACAGCGCGGGUGAGUAUCAGAUGGAGCAGGGGAGCAGGUGAAAGAGGUUUUAGGGUCACCUCAUUCUCUAUUUUGGCUGGAAGAUGCUGUCCUCGAUGCCCGAAAGCAGACAGUGAACUCAGGGACGGCACCGCUGGGAUUUCAGCAGCCCAAACCAAGCAUCAGCGAGUAAAUAACCCCUGAGCCUGUUUCCAGCUGGAAUUUCCUAGAAAAUAAUUGCUGGAAAAACCCAGGUGUCCUCGCCAAGACUGCAAAACCUUGCUUCUUCAACAGAGGAGAAGCCGGUAGCUGGAGAUGCCGCAUCCCAAAAGGGGAAGAGCCGAUGCCCGGGGAGGGGGGAUGCACUGUCUGCAUCGCUCUCCAAGGGGUUUUUGGCCACUUCCAAGCCCGGCUCUUGGAUCGAAGGCUGGUUCUUGUGGGGACUCGCCUGCAUGGAAAGUCUAAACCCCUCCGAGCGCCAGCGGCGCCUCUGCCCUCCGGGAGCUGGGGAUUAGAUCAGGAAAUGAGGCACAAGCAGAGACAGCAAUUUGGGAGGAGGAAGGGGCCGGCUCAGGUGUGGCAUUAGGACCCAGCGGAUCCCCCAUGUUGGAG